CAAAGCACAAGGUCAGUUCAUCUCACCACCACCACCAUUUUUCCCACUGCCUCCACAAGAGACGAAAGGAUGAGUGGAAAGACGAAAAAGAUGUUGCAGAACAAGGAGAAAAGUAAUGGUGCUGAUAAUAAUCAGAAAGAACUUGUUCCAAAGACUAGUAGCGUUAUUAGUAUAAUUGACGAAAAUAUGCUAGUAUAUGAUAUACUGAGCAGAAUCCCUGUCAAGUCACUUAUGCAGUUCAAGUGCGUAUCUAAACCUUGGCGUUCAUUAAUCCCAGAUCCCUACUUUGUCGAUUUGCAUUUUACUAGAUCAAAAACACUUCAACGUUUUUUCUUCACCAUUCCACAAGUUGGAAGUGAGACGGAAAACGAAACUUGGGGGAUCUAUUACCAAGAGUAUCAAGCGUAUUUCAAGACCACUGGCUUAUUGUCUGAAGAAAGCCAUAGAGUAGGGUCAACCAUUCCCACCGUAAGGAGGUUGAGGUCGGCUCACUGUAGUGAAAUUAUUGGAGGCAUUAAUAGUUUGAUUUGUUUCGUUCACAGCCAGGAUGAUGCUGCUUGCAUAUAUAAUAUUAGCACCGGGGAAACAACCCCGUGGAUUAAAUCGACAGUCUUAAGGAAGGCUAGAAAAUGGAAAACUUGUUGCUAUAUUGGUUCUCCUACCUAUAGUUUUGGAUACGAUCCUGCCACUAAGAAACACAAAGUCAUGUGCAUGUGGAAUAUGUCACAGAAACAGGGUGAUGGGACCAUAGUUGAUGGCCCAAUUUGUGAGGUCUUGAUUUUAGGCCAAAGCUCAUGGAGAAAGAUCGAAGCUGCCCCUCCUCAUCAUUUUUAUCGCACUGUAAGUUCCGUAUAUGUGAAUGGAUCUGUUUAUUGGUUCCCAGGUAUAUUCGAGUGUGGAGAUUGGAACAAUGGUAAUGAUGUAUUUAUGGUGGCAUUUGAUGUUGGAAGUGAGAAGUUCAGAACGAUUCAGAUUUUCAAGUUCAGAUCUGUUGAUAGGCCUGCUGACCCCAAUCCUAAUUUCAACCGUUGUUAUUUAUUAGAAGUGAAUGGACGUGUUGCCAUAUUCCGAAGAUUUACCACCGACACUGCCAAGCUAUGGAUAUAUGAAGACGAUGACAAAGAGACUACUUAUAAAGCUACAAGUAUGGAUUCCACUGACAUGAAUUGGACUGAGAAUACUAUCACGUUACCUGUUCCUUGGGUACAAGGGUGAGAUUUCUAUUUUCACACUGCUAGUGGAACAUAUCAAAUCAUCAUGGAAACUCAUAUAAGGAGUUCUGAUAGACGUUCAAAGGCCGUGUGGGUUUAUUCUUAUGAUUUGACGAAAAAAGUUUUCAAGGA